ACACACAACAAGAAAACACACGGGGCAUACUUCCUACUGAUGCUUAUGGAGAGAUCAUCUGCACUCACCCAGCCAGUAAGACAGAAGCCUCCUGGAAAGAAAAAGGAAGAUGAUAAGGAGGUGGAGGAGGAGGGAACUGCAAUUAAAGUACUGACAGACCAGAGGGUGAUGGCAAAAGAGGCUCUGAGCAGGAGGAACCUCUGGGAGCCGAGUGUUUAUUACGCUCGGGGAAACGAGUCUUUUCAUUUUGCCGGUCAUGACAUCAGCAUCCGAGAGUCCAUGGAUACGUACGGUGCUCUGAUCUGGCCUGGGGCAAUAGCUUUGUGCCAGUUCUUGGAGAACAACCAGCAACAAGUGAACCUGAUGGACAAAGCAGUACUUGAGAUUGGAGCCGGGACUGGCUUAGCUUCUAUUGUAGCAAGUCUGCUUGGUGCUUGGGUGACGGCAACAGAUCUGCCAGACAUAUUAUCUAAUCUGACCUUCAACCUGCUGCGAAACACCAGAGGCCGCUGCCGCUACACCCCUCAAGUGGUUGCUCUCUCCUGGGGUCAGGACCUGGAUCGAGACUUCCCCUAUGCAUCAUACCACUACGACUUCGUGCUCGCAGCUGAUGUGGUCUAUCACCACGACUGCCUUGAAGAACUGUUGAAAACUAUGCGUCACUUUUGCCCACCAGGAAGUCAAACAACUCUGCUGUGGGCCAACAAGAUCCGGUUCCAGUCAGACCUGAGGUUCACAGAGUGCUUUAAGAGCCAUUUUAACACCACGUUGCUGACCGAGCUGCCGCAGCAGGAGAUCAGGAUUUAUAAAGCCAUGGCAAAGGAGUGACAAGGAGGCUUUAGGAGUGGGAGCUUCCAGUGAUGUCAAAGGUUAUGAAAGAUAUUCCACGCCUGGUUGUGAUCUGUGUUUACAUUCCUGGACAGUGCUAUAACCAUCAUUAAGCAGAAAUGAAGUUCCUGACUCAAGUUUCAAUAAGCUAUUUUAUUUGCCAGAUUUGGGGUGUUUUGUCCCAAAUAUUUGAUAUUUCAACUUCAGUCCGACAGUUUUUGAAAAUAAAUAAU